UUGAAGUUGUCACUAAAGUUUAGAAUUCCGCUAUUUUUAAUAAUCAAAUGUAAGAUUUAUUAAUAAAUUUUAUUCAAAAUAACUUGUAUCCGAGUUCCCAUAUCGUUAAUUGUGACCGAGAAGAUGAACCAUAAAUCCGCUAAGAGUAGUAAAGAGUUAAAAACUUACAGUAGACUAGCGAAAAAUACCCAUCCAGUUGGCGGCCAAGAAACUAAGCAAGACGAUUUAGAAGUGCCUCUAACCACUCUAAAUGCUGUGAAGUAUCUUCUGCAAGGGACUCUGAGGUUAAGAGUUUGUAGAUACUGCUUGAACGUCACAAAUAAAUUGUCUGAGUUCGAUGAGGUGCUAACGUUGGCGGUAAGCGGCGGCCUACAUGAGGUUACUAUACGGGAUAUAGUUGCAAGCUUUCAUCCUUAUAAGGUAACGGAAGAUCCAAACUUUCCAAAUAAAAUAUGCAAUGAAUGUGUGAACCGAGCAAUCAGCUGCUAUUUAUUCACUCAGCAAUGUGAAAGGGCCGAGAGAGCUCUACGUAACUGUCUUGAUGAUGUAUAUGAAAAGUUCGAAAAGCUAGAUCCUAUAGAACCAGUCAAAAGGAGAGGCAAACGGAAACUACAUCCAAAUCAUAAUGUUAUCCAUGCAGAGCAUGAAGACGUUAUGGGUUAUGCUGAACCCGUUAUCAAUAUUGUUAAUGUAACGAAUCAUUUUACCACUGAGCAAAGUAACAACAAAAUAAGUGAACUCGAAUGCAAAAAGUGUUGGCAAGUCCUACCCAACGUAGAGUCAUUGGUGAAUCACGAGACAUCCCAUCCAAAAAGCAUGUGGUUUAAUUGCAGAUUGUGUGGCAAAUCAUUUGUCAAAUGUUCCCACUUACGGAGACACAUUAAAGAAACUCACCAGUACAUUGAAGAAAAUUCUGCAGAGAUAAAAAUUGAUGAUUUCAAAUGCAACGAAUGUGGCUCUACUAAUAAAACGCUUGCAGAACAUUUGCAGCAUAACGAGAAGCAUAAAUUCAAAUCGUUGUUCAAAUGUUUGGUUGAACGGAAGGUUGAUUCGUUGUGUACUGUUUGCUUUGAUAAGAGUUCUCGUUUAACGAGUUUGAAUGAUGUUGUUCAUCUUCACGGAGGAUAUACUGGAUUAACUGGCGAUAAAAGCAUUGAGAAUAUUUUGACUGCUGCGAUUCCGGGACCGAACCAACACAAGUAUGAUGAACUGCUGGUCCCACACCAGGCUAAAACUUUACAACUGAAAAAGAGAAAGUUGAAUCAUGAAGAAAAGGAUUUAGUUUCUCAAGAAAUUAACAAAAAAUUUGUCUAUGCUGCUCCUGUUUUGGUACAGAAAACUAACUUUGAAUUCACAAGUUCCAUAACAUUCACUUUCCCGAAACCUUUCUUAUUUUUUUCUGUUAAAGAUUCAAACAAUCUAAAAGUUCUAGAGUGUUCUUUUGCUGAAAAUGUAUUUGAUGAUUUUAAUAAUGGCAAUCCAUCAAAAAAAAUGUGUGUAGAAGAGAAACAGAGUAUAGUUAAUCCUGGAUCAAAAGAAGAAAUACCUUGUAAAACAUGUUGGAUGUUUAAAACUCCAAAUUGUGAGAAUUGCCUUAAAAAUAAAUCAGCAAUUUCAACUGUUGAAAAAUCUAUUGAAGCUAUAAAAGAUGUCUGUAAAUUUUGUUGGAUAUUUGAAAAAACAGGUAAGUGUGAUUAUUGCAACAAAUAUGUCGGUUGUAAGGACAAAAUAUGUACUGAUGAUACUACGGAUUUUAUAGUUCAAAAUGUACAUGAAACUGUAAAUGAAAAAGAAAUCAAAAAGGUUUCUAUAAAUGUUAAAGAAAAAAAUAUAUGGCAAUGUAGUAUUUGCUUAAGUACUAAUUCUAAAAAUAGAUUUAGAUGCAUUUGUUGUGAUAAAGAAAAUACUUCAGAAAAUGAAAAAUCUAAUUUUGUUUAUUGGAAUUCUUUCAAUACUGAUUCAAGAAAUCUUAUAAUUUCCAAAAAUAAUGACAUUGUUCAUCCUGAAACAAAGAUCACAAAUGAAACUACUGAUCAAGUGGAUAGGAAAACUGCCAAUGAAAAGUUGGAAUUGCUUGAGAAUAAUACAGAAAAAGACAUAACUACGCAAAAAGAUGAAAAAGAUUUAAAUAAUAAUUCACCAAAAGCUAAUACCAAAGACGGAAAAGAAAUCCUUUCUUACAGUAAAGAAAACGAUAUUUUUCCACUCAAUGCAAAAGAUACUAUAAAUGUCAAUCCACAAGUUAUUAUGAAAGAAAAGGUAGAAAUAAAGUUUAUUAAUAAAGAAAAUAGAAUGUGUUUACCAGAUAUUAAAGAAGUAAGCGAGGAUUCAAAAAUGGAUUUUGAAACAAUACAUUUUGAAGAAAAGGACUUAAAGCAUUCCAUAGACAAUAAUAACAGCAUAGAUAUUACAGAACAACACGCUAUGGACUCAAAUAUUGAAGAUAUGGAUGUAGUUUGUGAUAAUAUUCUACCAGCGAAUUCCACCACAGUUUUUUCAAGCACACGAAAACCAGUUAACGAAAAUACUUCCAAGGAAACCAAUCUAUCUAUUUUCCCAUCCUUUACAUUUAAUUUAGGAGCGAGUGGUUCUAAAGAUUGUACGAAUAGGCGCACCAGAAAAGCUUUUAAACGGAACGCUACUAAAUCUUAUCAAUAAGAUUGUUUCAUAAUAUCAACUUUGACACGUACACAGGAACAAAAAUAUGCGAUAAAUGUUAUAACCACGCUAUAUCUUGCUAUAUUUUCAUUGUGAAAAUACACUAUGUUCAUAGUCGGUUACACUCUUGUGUUAGCAGCAUGCUAGACAGACU